AUGUCCAGCGUGACAAACCAAGCUAAAUUGGAAGCCAGCGACGAGCUCGACUCUCAAGAACCUCAAUUCGCUCGGGGAUCCGUCUCGGGUGUUGGUGGUGACGAGGAGGAGGAUGAUGAACCUUCUGGAGGCAAACAACAAAAGGAAAGAAGAAAGAUUGAAAUUAAAUUUAUUCAAGAUAAAUCCAGAAGACACAUUACAUUUUCUAAAAGAAAAGCCGGUAUUAUGAAGAAGGCUUACGAAUUAUCCGUGUUGACGGGAACGCAAGUUUUGUUGUUGGUUGUGAGUGAAACCGGUCUUGUUUAUACUUUCACCACGCCUAAAUUACAGCCGCUUGUGACAAAGUCUGAGGGUAAGAACUUGAUUCAGGCAUGUUUGAAUGCACCCGAAGAAGGAUUGGGUGAUGAACAAGGGGAGCAGAGUGAUGGUAACUCGCAGGAGCUGCCCGACCAGAGUCCAGCACCACCUCAGGCACAACAACAGCAACCGCAACAGCAACAGCAGAUCCCACAUCCUCAACAAGUACAGGCACAUCAACAGCAUCAAGCAGCAGCGGCAGCAGCGCAUCAACAGCAGCAGUUACCACCCACACACAUGCCGCACCAGAUGCCAUAUCAAGGACAGGGCCAUCCUCUGGGAGGAUUGCCUCUUCCCCAGGGCGGGAACUACAACGAUCCCUAUGGGUACUUUGGUGGAAUGGGUAAUGGAAACAUGCCUAACCAGCAGCAGUACCAGUAG